CAUUGUGCAGACGGAGUUCGAUAAAUGAGUGUUUCCACAGACUUGGCCAAAACAAAACCCUAACCUCUCCUCUGGCAACCAGCCUCUCCUCUCUUCACCUCUACUGCAACUGAGAAGAACGCCAUGUCUUCGACUCUCCUUGAGGUGACGCGCUCCGCCCAUGAGGACGUGGAGCGCCUCGAGCGACUCAUCGUGCGAGAGCUCCAGCGCGAGCCCGACCACAACCGAGACCGUCUCUUCCAGAGCCACCGCGUCCGCCACAUGAUCGACCUCAUCACAAACACCACAGAUAAGCUUAUUGAUGUAUACGAAGACAAAGACAGUGCGAGGAAAGAUGAAAUUGCGGCGCUUGGCGGGCAGACUGCAACUGGUGCGACUACGCUCUUUGGUGCGUUUUAUGAUAGGCUUAAAGAGAUCCGUGACUACCAUAGGAGACAUCCAUCAGCUCGUGUGGUUGAUACAACUGAAGAAUACGAAGAGCUUCUAAAGGAAGAACCACAUAUUGAAUUUAGUGGCGAGGAAGCUUUUGGCCGAUACCUUGAUAUGCAUGAGCUAUACAAUGAGUAUAUCAAUUCAAAGUUCGGGGAUUCUUCUACAGAGUACCUGACUUUCUUGGAUUCAUUUUCUCAAACUCAAAGCAUUCCAUUCCAUCUGAAGUUGAGUAGACAAUAUAAGGAAUAUUUGGAGCAUGUUUUGCAGUAUCUUGUAUCAUUUAUGGAGCGUACACAGCCACUACAAGAUCUUAAUAGGUUAUUUGAGAAGCUUGAAGUUGAGUUCGAACAACAAUGGGCUGAUGGGAAGGUUUUGGGAUGGGAAAACAAGGGUUUAGACAGAGAUCCUCUUCCAUCACAAAGCGAUGAGCUUGAUCUUGAGUAUUACAGUACACUUGAAGAACUUAUGGAGGUUGGACCUGAAAAAUUGAAAGAGGCCUUGGCGGCUCUUGGCUUGAAAACUGGGGGUACUCUUAAACAGCGUGCAGAGAGGUUGUUUCUUACGAAGAACACUCCUCUAGAGCAACUUGAUAGGAAGCAUUUUGCAAGAAGCUCACGUAACUCAGAGAAAAAUGUUGCCACUGAUCAGAUUAGUUCUAAGAAAGAAAUUGCUUUAAUGGAGGCAAAGUUGCAUCAAUUAUGUGACCUUCUAACAGAGGUUAUUGAUCUAACUAAAGAAAAUAUUGAAAAGAAGCAAGCUUUAACAUAUGAGGAAAUGGAAGCAGAACGUGAAGAGGAGGUGACACAAGCUGACUCUGAAAGUGAUGAUGAGGAGCAACAAAUCUACAAUCCUCUAAAAUUGCCAAUGGGCUGGGAUGGGAAGCCUAUUCCUUACUGGCUUUACAAACUUCAUGGACUUGGACAGGAAUUCAAAUGUGAGAUAUGUGGGAACCAAAGCUACUGGGGACGAAGGGCAUUUGAGCGCCAUUUUAAGGAGUGGCGUCACCAGCAUGGCAUGCGCUGUCUUAACAUUCCUAACACUAAAAACUUUAAUGAGAUCACGUCCAUCCAGGAGGCAAAAGAACUUUGGGAGAAAAUACAAGAACGUCAAGGAGUCAACAAAUGGAGGCCCGACCUUGAGGAAGAGUAUGAAGACAGAGAGGGUAACAUCUAUAACAAGAAGACAUACACUGAUCUGCAGCGCCAGGGGCUGAUUUGAAGAGGAUCUGAAGAGAUUUCAGCAGCCAAUGGAGCUUGUUAAAGCCAUAUCAGCUACUUAAACGCAUUUGAGCCUUUUCUACUAUCAUGUAUUCACAUUCCAGGAUUAAGGUUUGACACUAAAUGAGUGUGUUAGGUUUAAGGUGUUGUAUUGCAUUAGUAAAGUAUCAUUUUUCUCCUACAAGUGCUCGUGAUUUAUGUGGAAAGUGCUCGCCAUCUGCUAGUUGUCAAUUAGCAGGAGUUGUAUGCGAAAUACACAACGUUGUUCAAUUUUCAAUCUGUUUCCCUCGCCAUGUACUAGCUGGUAUAUUCAAUUUACGUUGAGGGUAGCAGAUCUA